GCGGUGCUCACGCUUACGGGGUGCGAUUACUCGGGGAAGCAGCUGCGAGGGAAAAUUCUUUCCGGCGUCGUCAUGGACGGGACGAAUUUUGAAAACGCCGACGCCUCUGAGACGGAGAUGAGCCGGACGUCGGCGCGAAAUUCGAAUCUGCGCGGGGUGAACUUUGCGAGCGCGAACGCGUACGAGGCGCGAUUCGAUGGGUCGGAUUUGAGAGGGGCGAAUUUCGCGAACGCGCUGCUGUCG